UCUUUGGGCUGCCUUCGGGUCUGAUCCGUCAGAUCCAUCCCAAAUACGAAGCUGAUCACCCGACCCGAGCGGCGGCGGGUAGCGCCGACGGCCGAAGCAGUGCAUCUGCUGAAAGUGUUUAAUCAUGGCGGCGAACGUUGAUGAAUUACUCCUUUUGGAGCGAGUAUUUCUUCGGAUUGGAUCAGCUGAAUCUGAUGAACAACUUCAAAAUGCCAUCAACAAAUUCCUACCUGCAGUUCUUCUUAAAUUGUCCAGCCCUCAAGAAGGUGUUAGAAAAAAGGUCAUGGAACUUUUGGUUCACAUUAACAAAAGACUUAAGAGCCGCCCAUUGGUACAGUUGCCAAUUGAUUCUCUCCUUGUGCAAUACCAAGAUCCAGCUGCCAGCGCUUUCAUAAUUAAUUUUACCAUCAUCUACAUCAAACUUGGAUAUCCUAGACUACCAAUAGAAAAGAAGGCUGAGCUGGUACCCAUAUUGCUUUCUGCUUUGGAUGGUAAACCAGUACAACACCGUGACAGCUUGUUCCUUUUGAUCAUGCCAGUUCUAGGAAAUGUCCGAAUUCCUAGCGACAAAGCUGCUGUGGAGAAAAUGUUUAGAUUUGCUGAAAAACCACAGCUGGCUAAACAAUUUGCUGAUUUUAUGCUUGAUAUGCUCUUACUACCUUAUGGGUCCACUCUUUCAGCCACAAAUCCUGCACCAGAAGAGCAUUCUGCUGAAUGCACCGCACACUUACCUCCUGGCUUGAGUGAAUAUGCACUCAAACGACUCAUAGGGGAGGCACCUAUGAAACCAGAGGAUUUGGAAGAAGCAAAGAUGGGCAUUGUGAAGUUCUUGUCAUCUGGAGUUUAUCCCGAUAGUGACAUACUGUGUCAACUCGUUGUAGCAUCUGCUGAUUCACGUUUUAAUGUAGCUAACUCUGCAGACUUUGAACUACGCAAGAUCACAGGAUCACUUGAUUGGGCCAAUGUGCCAAUGAUGCAGCCUCUUUUCUCUCUGUAUUUGGGAACUCCUGCAUCAAAACCUAAUCAACCGAGUACUGUUAAACCAGAUAUGAAAAGAGCUCCAUCAGGAACAAGACUUCGGUUAAAGCUAUUACCUUGUUUGGUUCGCGCCAAAGGACAAGCUGUAAACUUUCCUCUCUGCAUCCAGGUUUUCUUUGAUUCUCUAUUUAGUCAAAACACAAACACAAGACUGAGAGGAAUGGCUUUAAAUUUUUGCCUCACAAUCAUACGCAAUGUAAACUCAAAUCUUCUGAGCCAUGUUGCACAUGUUCUGCUCUCUGGACUUCUCAAGCUGUUGUCUGAGGGUGAACCGUCGCUUAGGGGCCAGACAUACAAUGUAAUUGGGCAACUUGCAAUUUACUUUCCUGGUUUGGUCAACAAGGACUUGUUGCUUCUUACAAAUUUUCUAGAAGCUUUAGGAAAGGAAGAAGGCCAGGAUUUGAGGCUCAACAUUCGGGAGGCUCUUCUUACCAUGGUGGAUGCCUUCCGCCCUGAAUCUGCUAACAAUACUGCUCAUGUCCCUCCGUGCAAAGCUGCCACCAACGGCUCCUCUGCAUCUGGGGCUGCUAAAUCAAAGAGCGAUGGUUCAAACAAUGCAACUACUGUGCUUCCUCCUGAGUUACUACGUUUACAAAUGCAAGAACUACUGAGCCGUCAAAUAGAGAACCCUGAGCCUAUGGUUCGCUUUGUUGUAGUGCGCUAUGCAGCUGUGGCAUUCCCACCAGAUCAUGCCCCCUCAAGGUUCUUACUACUUUUGGCAAGUGCAGAUAGCAAAGAUGAGGUGUCAUCAGAAGCUAUUGCAUCUCUUUACAAAGUUGAAGAGAAACCAUUCAGUGGAAAGAAAUUAAGUAAGGAAGAUUUGGAUAAGGAACUGGUUUUACCAGCAUACCCUGAUAUGGUAAAGUUUAUUUGGGAUCAAAUUCAGUUGUCAAGGUCAGGGAGCAAGUCAGCAUUUUCACCUGAUGCAUUUAGCCAGAUUGUGAAGUACUUACGUCUAUGCCUAGCUCGUAGUGCAGGUGUUGUGCUCCCAACAAAUGAAACUCUCACUCAUCCUUCAGAAUUUACUCCAAAAAUAGGUCGAUACUUGAAGCAAGUUGUUGAAUCCAAUUUUGAAACAAUCAACAAUUAUUUGGAGAUAGUACAUAAACUGCUGUCUGCUGCUACAGGACCCCUUGCAGUACUUGCCCUUUUAGAAGUUGUUGGUUGUGUUCCUGAAGUUUUGGCUCCCAAAUUUGUUGAUAGACUUCCUGUGUUUAAGGAUUUAUUGCGUAACACAAGUGAAGAAAUGCGAGAUCUUGCUGCUCAAAUUUUUGGCAUCCUUGCAGCCCAUGGGCUAAAAAGUGGCAGUGACUUUGAUAAGUGUAUAACUGAACUUGUUCAUGACACAACGAAUAAGAAGACUCUUCUUGAGCAGCAGCAUGGCCAACUCUUAGCUAUGGCUCAUGCUGUGGAACAUUCAAUUGUUAUCUUUCGCUCCACUGGCACCAAAAGUGUAUCUGACAUACUCAAGUGGCCCAUCUAUAAAACAGUCAUCUUAACAAUCUACUCUCUCUUUGACAAUGCAUCACCAAUUCUUGUUGGAGGAGCCUGCUCAGCAUUGGGCCAUUUGGCAAGAUGUAAUGAGCUUCCUCUAAUCCCUGGAAAAGGAAAUGAUGACAAAGAGCCCGGUAAAUUGGAUGUUUUAUUAAAGCUUCAAUCCAUCAUGAAUAGCUCCAAGAUGACAGCCAAGGUCAAAGAGCGGGCAGUAAAAGCUGCAGGACACUUGUGUGUUGGUGAAAAUUUCCCUCACACUAAGGAAGUGAUUGAGGGCUUCUUAGCCAUGGCAAAAGAGAGUAGAGAUGUUGAAGUACACCUUAGUGUUGGAGAGGCUUUAGUGUGUUGUGUACUUGGUCCCUCUUCACCGGUUGCAAGAGAUCCUUGGACCAUAUUAGAAUCAGAAUUUAAAUCACCGGAGGUUGAUUUGAAUGAGACAAUGGAUUUGACAUGGCUUUUUGACAAGUUGUUAAAGGAUAUGGUAAAUGAACCUCACCCUAAUCAGAAACAGGCUUGUUGCUUCUGGCUUCUUGCCUUGCUGAAGAACUGCUCCAAAACCAAAGAGAUUUCUUCUCGAUUGCCUGAGGUUCAAUCUGCAUUCAUGAAUUUCCUCGGAGAAAACAAUGAUAUUGUUCAAGAUGCUGCAUCUAAGGGACUUGCUCUGGUAUAUGAGAGUACUGGACCAGAGCACCGUGAUAAACUGGUAUCUGAGCUACUUGAUACGUUGUUAAGUGGACGCAGGUCUGUUCAACAAGUCACAGCUGAUACCCAAAUAUUUGUUGAGGGAGAAGUGGGUAAAACUCCUGGAGGAGGAAAUUUGUCCACCUAUAAAGAACUGUGUGCACUUGCAUCUGAUCUAAAUCAGCCUGACCUUAUUUACAAGUUUAUGCAUCUUGCAAAUCAUAAUGCUGUGUGGAAUUCUAAGAAGGGAGCAGCAUUUGGAUUUUCUACAAUUGCAUUAUCUGCUGGUGAUCAACUGUCUGCACAUCUACCGAAGAUUGUGCCCCGGUUGUACAGAUAUCAGUUUGACCCAACUCCUAAAAUUCAGAACUCAAUGGCCAGUAUUUGGCACUCAUUGGUUCCAGAGACAUCAAAAACUGUUGAUAAGUAUCACAAGGAAAUAUUGGACGAUUUAAUUCAGAACCUCACAAACAAUCAGUGGCGAGUUCGUCAGUCAUGUUGCCUUGCAGUAUCUGAUUUCAUAAGGGGAAGCAGCAAACGCUCAAUUCAGGAUGACAUUGAGUCUCUGCCAAGUCUCUGGCUGGCCCUUUUCCGUGUGAUGGAUGAUGUCCAUGAUGGUACUAGGCAAGCAGCAGGAAACACAACUCGCACACUUAGCAAGAUAUGUAUACGAGCCUGUGAUACAACCCAAGGCAAAGCUGGGCAGGAAAUGGUUAAGGUUGUUCUUCCAGUUCUGCUUGAGAAUGGUAUCUGCAACAACGUCUCUGAGGUUCGGGCUAUCAGUCUUCAAACCGUGUCUCAGCUUGUCAAUGUGGCCGGUUCACAGCUAAAGCCACAUCUUCCAGUGCUCCUACCAGCUCUUUUAGAAGCUACAGGAGAACUGGAAUCAGCCAACCUAGCGUAUCUGAGUACACGCUAUGGUGCAGAUGCCGACAAGCAAGAGAUGAUUGAUUCUGUCCGAGCUGCUGUUGCCAAAUCUCAACACAGCACUGAAACCAUGACCAAGUGCCUUCAAUAUGUUGAUGCGGAAAUUUUGGAGCAGUUAAUUCCCAAAGUGGCUGAAAUGUUAAGGACUUCUAUUGGUUUGGGAACACGUGUUGCAACAACACACUUAAUUGUUCUUCUAUCAAGGCCUAUGAAAACUGAACUUCAACCGUAUGCUGGAAAGUUACUUGGUGUGUUAAUAAAUGGUUUGUUGGACCGAAAUAGCACAGUGCGUAAAUGCUAUGCCACAGCAAUUGGCCACAUUGUUAGUUCAGCUAAAGAAUCAAGUCUAGAGAAACUCUUCAACAAACUUCAAGAAUGGUAUUUCCAGAAGGAAGACGAUAAUGUUCGUUCCGCUAUUGGCCUAACAUAUCGAGCAAUUGGGACACAUAAUCAGGAUAUUCUAAUUAAUUAUAUGGACCAAGUUGUGCCUCUGACCUUCUUUGCUAUGCAUAUGAAAAAGACACCAGAAACUACUGCAUUUAUUGAAGUGUGGGAAGAUGUUUGGUCAGAAGCUACCCCAGGAACUGAAAGUGCAUUGAGAAUGCACAUGGGGCCAGUGUGCUCCCUUCUUAAAGAAUCUUUGCAGUCCCAGUCUUGGACAGUUAAAGAACAAGCUGCUAAUGCAAUUGGUACUCUAGCAAACAAGAUGGGUGCUACUUUACAAGCUAACCAGAGAUCAGAAUUGAUUGAGAUUCUUUUGUUGGGCUUGUCUGGUCGUACAUGGAAAGGAAAAGAAAGUAUUUUACAAGCUUUGGCUUCUGUUGCCACUAACUGCAAGGAACAACUCAUGAAGUCCGAAAGUGCCCAAAUCACAGAAUCUAUUGUCAAUGCUGUGUUGAGGGAGAGUAAAAAAGAACAACCAGAAUACAAAUUGCUUGCUCUCCCAGCACUAGCUACAAUACUCCAUUCUCUUGAAGUUGAUCGCUUCAGUGAGUUUUUCUCAAUUGUCAAGGAAUAUUUCCAGGAACUGAAGGAAGAAGAGAAUGAAGAAAAUGAAGGAUGCACAGAUGCAGACACUGCUGCAGAAAAUUCUGCUAAACGAGAGCAAUGGAUGCAAUUCCGGGAGGUUUCAUUUGAGGCAUUAGGUAAAGCUUGGCCUGCAGUACCCAAGACUCAAGCUGAAUAUCAGUGGGAAGUGCUUCAAGCAAGCAUAACGUGUUUAAAAGAUAGUACUCGACCUGUUCAGGGUGCUAUUGUUGGUGCUCUCUCCAGCUUUGUUGACCGUCUGUGCAUAUUAGAUUCAUCAUCUCCAGCAUCAAAAAAUAUGCUUGUCUCAGAAGAGCUUUCUAAAAUUUUGGAUGAACUUGAGAAAGCCCUUCACUUUUCCUUGGGAAUUACUCGAAACAUGCGCAUUCGGAAGGAAUCAUUAAAUAUAUUGUUAACUCUAGCCAAGAAACUGGAAAAUUGUGGACAUAAGGAUCUGCUUACUAGAGUUUCAUCUGCUUUUUCGGGGACACUUGUUCAACUGUCAAAAGAUAACACACCUGAAGUGAAAUCAAGAGUUGUGGAUUUAAAGGAGUUCCUUAAGAAAUAUGAUGUGGAGGCUUAGGUCCAAAAGCCUAAGAUCAAAAAGAUAGAUUUUGGCUGCUGCCUGCUGCAUGCUCUCACAUAUUCUAAUUGUCUUUUAUCAAGGUUCUCAGAUUUUACAUGUUUGUGCAUGCAAGCUUGUAAUUAACAAGGUGUAGAACAUAGCACCUAUACAUAUCAUGGAAUCAUAACUACAGUAAUUGCUCAAAGUUAGAGAUUUUAUGGCAGUAUCUUAAGAAACAUGGGCGCAUAAGUGUACAUGUCAAAAUCAGUUUUUAUCUAUCUUUGUAUCGUAAUCUUCUUUUUUGUGGUCUGUGAUCAUUUAAGGUACACUACUUUACAAAUUAUUUAUUUGCAGAAUUGUCUUUUAACGACUGAUCAUAGUGGUCAAUGUAAGGUAGAGAACGAAUUAAUUGUAACAAAUUGUAAUCCUACUAAAAGUUGGUGAAUGUUAUUAAACUUAAGAUGAAUAAUA